CAAACAACGAUGGGAACUCCCAUGAGAACUAACGAGUAGGGCCUCUCCAGACCUGCGCAGCCUUCAUCGACGGAAUACCUGAAGCCUGUGCGGCAGCCAUGCCGCCGGCGGAAGGAAUCGGGGCGGUGAACUCGCAGGCGAAGACCUCUUACGCUGCAGUGGUAAGGGAUCCUAUCCCCGUCCAACGAUUGCACACUUAGGCUUGCUCCUUCUCCCACGCAUCAGACCUGGGCUCGUCCGGAAUCUUCAGAGGGUUUCCAUCGAUUUCCUUCUAUGACGAUGAUUUACAGGUUCUCUCCCAUCCUUUCCGUUUUUCACUGGUUGGUUCUUUCCCCUCCGGUCGCCCCCCUCCCUGUGAUUCGUAAAGCGUUUGAACGGUUAGGUUUUUCUGAGGCCUAUUCAGUUGGUCUGCUUCACUCAAACAUUAUUCUGAUAAAUUUUAAAUCAGAUCUUGAUUUUCACAAAUUUUGGGAGAAAAAAACAUGGGACUUCUUUGGAUACCAGAUGGUGGUUACCCGAUGGACUACCAGUUUCUCUAUCGAACGUGAUUCACCUCUUGCCCCGGUUUGGAUUUCGCUCGACGGACUCCCAGUCCACCUACAUGAUUUAAGAGCCCUUAAUUCUAUUGAUAAACUUCUGGGGAAGACAAUACGAAUUGAUGCUCAUACAGCAAACUUUUCCAGACCUUCCACAGCCAGGAUUUGUGUUGAAUUAGAUACCUCACUUGAGCUGCCCCCAAAAGUCAGGAUUGGCUAUGGUGCCACUAGUUUUUUCCAGACAAUUGUUUAUGAAAAUUUUCCUUUAUUCUGUCACAAUUGCUCUCGUUUAGGCCACAGUGCUGUUAAUUGCCCCCGGGCAACCAGACCUUUGGUGCCUAAAAGCCAGGUUUGUGACCCCGUGAUUGGUAAUUUUUCAAAAGCUAGUGUUUCCCCUAAUAUUGUUGCUGGAACCCCGGAAGCUCUGUUAAUGUAUUGGAUGCCCCUGCUAUUAUUGCUGGUGUCCCUAAAGUCCCGGUUGCCCCUGUUAUUGAUGUUAUUGAUGCUUGUCCUAAAGUGACGUAGGUUACCCAUGAUGCUUUGGCUGCUGAAUUUGCAGUCACCUUUGAUUUGGCGGUUUUGCGGGCUAAUUUCACAACUACCACUGAAAUGGCCCCUACUCAACCCCCUGUUAAGUAUUCAAAUGAAUGUGCCCCUACCAGUGUAUUUUGGUUUUCUUAUUUUUCUGCAGUUCUUGUUGUAACUUCACUUUUAGUCAAAGUGGCGAGGAAGGUAGUUAGUUGGGGAUACAUGUGCUGCUUUUAUUCUAUAUGUGAAUCUUAUCCCCACAUAUUUGUUAAACUUGUCAUUGUUAGUGCACAUUAGUUAAUAUAUAUCUAGAUUAUAAAAGUGAUUAUCAGAUUCUAGUAAGUAGAAACACUACUAUUAAAGUUAGUAUAUCAAACUUAGUACCAAACUACUUAAUAUCUAUUAAUACAGAAAGAGGACUGGAAAGCACAAAGCAGAAAAGAAGUCUGGAAAAUAGAAAAAUAGAGUAAUAAAACAAAUAAUUAAACAAAUCUACCAGAUGAGUGGUCAAGCUAAAUACUUUAUAGAUGAGUGGUUAAAUACUUUACAGAUGAGUGGUUAAGCUAAAUACUGGAGACCGGACCUCUUAUUUCAGCAUGGAGGGAGUAUUUGUUAACUUGUGAUCAAAUAUUUGCCUGUUUUCUUUUACUUCAGAUAUUGUAGUUUGUUGUGUACUGGAUUAGGUGCUCGGAAAGCUGGCAAGACAGGGUCUAGCUAGUCCAAUAUACGAAUGGGCUCUUUCUUCCGCCUCAGAUGAUUUUGUCUAUUUAUGUGGACACCUUUAGAAGAGUAUUAAAUGAAGUUGAGAAAGUUGUUGGUUUUUUAAUUUAUUUUACAUCAGACACAAGUCAUAGAUGGAAUUAUGGAAAGGACACAAGCUACCGGUACAUAAAUAUGGUUGCUUAGAAAUGUAAAUAUACACUUUGACCCUUGGCAGAACAUGGUUUUGUUUGAAGUUGUCAAUAGUAAGUUAGUAGUAAUCUGGAAUUGGCCAGUGAUAUUGCUACAAUAAAAUAGUUAUUGUACUAAAUGCUAUGUUAUUUACUUUUGAUUUCUGUACUUCGGUUGCUCAAAUGAGCCUAUUGUUCUUUUUGUUUUGAAUUAAUAAAUGUAAAGAAUUGGGUCAGGGGCUGCAUACAUAUUACUCAUUAAUUUCU